CAACAGGUUGGGCAUGGUGUCUCACGCCUGUAAUCUCAGCACUUUGGGAGGACGAAGUGGGAGACCAUUUGAGGUCAGAAGUUCGAGAGCAGCCUAGGCAACAUAGUGAGACCCCACCUCUACAAAAAAAAACUGGCCUUGGUGGCCCCGCCUGUAAUCCCAGCUACUGGGGAGGCUGAGGCAGGAGGAUUGCUUGAGCAAUCCUCCUAAAUCCGGAGGUUUAGGCUGCAGGGAGCUGAGAUCGCGCCACUGUACUCCAGCCUGAUGACAAACAGAAUCCAUCUCAAAAAAAAAAAAAAAAAAAAGUGCCCCACUCAGUUUUUCGUGAAACUCGCAGCCCUCGCCUGUGGCCAGGACAGAACUCCACGAGCCAGCAAAACAAACUCGGCGGCCAGGAAACAGACGGCAGCAAGCCCACGCCGGGGUGCCAGAAGAGGACGCUGCUCUGCGGGUUCUUCUUCCGGGCCGUAGGCAAGUGCUUCCGGGGCGGUGGCUAGGGAGGCGGAAGUGCAGUCUCCCGGCCGGUAUCUGCUGUCCCUGGGCGGGCCGAAGGAGGCUCCCGAGGUGGGGGCCGGACCGGGAUGGCUGCCGCGGCGGCCGGCGCCGGGAGCGGGGCCUGGGCGACCCAGGAGAAGCAGUUCCCGCCGGCGCUGCUGAGUUUCUUCAUCUACAACCCGCGCUUCGGACCGCGCGAAGGAGAGGAGGAAAAUAAGAUUUUAUUUUAUCAUCCAAAUGAAGUAGAAAAGAAUGAAAAGAUUAGAAAUGUUGGAUUGUGUGAAGCUAUUGUGCAGUUUACAAGGACCUUUAGCCCAUCAAAACCUGCAAAAUCUUUACAUACACAGAAGAAUAGACAGUUCUUCAAUGAACCGGAAGAAAAUUUCUGGAUGGUCAUGGUUGUUCGGAAUCCUAUAAUUGAAAAACAGAGUAAAGAUGGAAAACCGAUUAUUGAAUAUCAGGAGGAGGAAUUGUUGGACAAGGUUUAUAGUUCAGUGCUCCAGCAGUGCUACAGCAUGUACAAGCUUUUUAAUGGUACAUUUCUGAAAGCCAUGGAAGAUGGAGGUGUCAAACUUCUAAAAGAAAGAUUAGAGAAAUUCUUCCAUCGCUAUUUGCAAACGCUGCAUUUGCAGUCAUGUGACCUACUUGACAUUUUUGGUGGAAUCAGCUUCUUCCCGUUGGAUAAAAUGACUUAUUUGAAAAUCCAGUCCUUUAUUAAUAGAAUGGAGGAAAGCCUGAAUAUAGUCAAAUACACUGCAUUUCUCUAUAAUGAUCAGCUUAUCUGGAGUGGAUUAGAACAAGAUGACAUGAGAAUUUUAUACAAAUACCUUACCACCUCUCUUUUUCCAAGACACAUCGAACCUGAGUUAGCAGGAAGGGAUUCUCCAAUAAGAGCAGAAAUGCCAGGAAAUCUUCAACACUAUGGAAGAUUUCUUACCGGACCCUUGAACCUUAAUGAUCCAGAUGCAAAAUGCAGAUUCCCCAAAAUUUUUGUAAAUACAGAUGACACUUAUGAAGAGCUCCAUUUAAUUGUUUACAAGGCCAUGAGUGCAGCUGUGUGCUUUAUGAUCGAUGCCUCGAUCCAGCCAACAUUGGAUUUUUGCCGAAGACUGGACAGCAUCGUUGGGCCCCAGCUCACAGUGCUGGCCUCUGACAUCUGUGAGCAGUUUAACAUCAACAAGAGAAUGUCUGGGUCUGAGAAAGAACCCCAGUUUAAGUUUAUCUACUUCAACCACAUGAAUCUCGCCGAGAAGAGCACAGUUCACAUGAGGAAAACGCCCAGUGUGUCACUCACUUCCGUGCACCCGGACUUAAUGAAGAUUCUCGGUGACAUCAACAGUGACUUUACCAGAGUGGAUGAAGAUGAGGAGAUCAUCGUGAAAGCCAUGAGUGAUUACUGGGUGGUUGGAAAGAAGUCUGAUCGACGGGAGCUCUAUGUUAUUUUGAAUCAAAAAAAUGCAAACCUGAUUGAAGUAAAUGAAGAGGUCAAGAAACUGUGUGCAACACAGUUCAACAACAUCUUCUUCUUGGAUUGACUGAUAAUGGCUCAUCGAAAGCAUAUUGUAAACUCAGCAAACAUUGUGUUUACCAUUGCUAGUUACUUGUCAUAUGACUGAUUGCGUUGAUCACAAGAGUAAAGCAAUACUUGCUUUGAAGAAUCCAAUUUCUACUCGGUCUGCUAAUCUGAGGUUUUUAGAUUUUAAAUAUUUAUGUGGAAUUCAUUAAAGGUAGUUGACUAUAUCUCUAUCAUUCCAUUCUUUGACAUUAUGUGAAUAUUUUACUGGAAAAUAAGACUAAUAAAUUGUUAAAGUUUUUAAAAU